GACAGGCAGGAGAGGACCAGUACGAGGAGAGAGAGGGAGAGAGAGGCAGAUACGGAGGUCCACAGACAGCAGCGGCGUGUAGAGUGCAGCAUGCAGACUGGCCAUUGACGCUGCAGUUGGAUUGAACACACACAUGCACAGACACACACACCCCUGAGGAGUGUAUGAGACAUGCCCAGGCUGCUGUCCAUGGACACACACACACUGGCAGGGCACCAGAGAGGAAAUACAGCAGACCCCAGAGCCUGAGGAGCUAUGGAGAGCAGCAUGUUUUUUGGUAACACAUGUCAAAAUGGCCUCAUGCCCGCCCUGGUGCGUCCCACCCUGCCCGCCAUCCAGACCUCACUGGGCAUGAAGCAGUUUCUCCCGUUUCCAUUGGAUACGGCCUCAGCAGUGAGCCUCUUCCCAGGAUUCAACACGAUGGACCCCGUGCAGAAAGCCGUCCUCCAUCACACCCUCGGCCUCCCUCCCACUGCAAAGAGGAAGCACGUCUCCUGCAGCGUCUGCCAGCUGAGGUUCAACUCACAGAGCCAGGCCUUGGCCCACUACAAGGGGACCAAACAUGCCAAGAAGCUAAAAGCCCUGGAUGCUCCGAAGAGUAAGCUCAAAGGCUCAGUGGUCACCAAGGAGACCGCCAACCAGGAGAUCGCCAAGGGCAUCAACACCUCGCAGGUCCCCAACGGCACCGACAGGAAAGAUGGCGUUCCUGGAGCAGUGCCCCUACCGCUCUCCCCUGUGCUCAGACCAGCACUGCCCUUGGCAUCCCUGACGACCCUCACGCCGCCAACUCCGGCACCUGCGGCCUCACCGAUAGUCCCGAGCACCACGGCGGCCACAGCCUCAGAGACUACCUCAGCUGCUGGAGGAGACUCAACUCUCAACUCACCCUCAGAACCAGACGUGGAGCCUGAGGCCGAAACCGAGGCGGAGAUGGACGCGGAAACUGAGGAGGAGAAAGCUCGACGUCUUCUGUACUGCUCGUUGUGCAAAGUGGCGGUCAACUCGGCGUCGCAGCUCGAGGCUCACAACAGUGGUACGAAGCACAAGACGAUGCUCGAGGCCAGGACCGGCGUGGGCUCCAUCAAGUCCUUCCCCCGGCCGGGAGUCAAAAGCAAACUGGCUACAACCACCAAGUCGUCAACGGGCCUGCAGAACAAAACGUUUUACUGUGAGACGUGUGAUGUGCAUGUGAACUCAGAGACUCAGCUAAAACAGCACAUCAGCAGCCGGCGUCAUAAAGACCGAGCAGCAGGUAAACCAGCCAAACCUAAAUACAGCCCCUACAGCAAACCGCAGAAAGGCCAGACCAAGCAGCCGCUAAAGCUGUCCCUGGGUAAGGAGCGCCAGUGUCCACCUCUGACCACGCAGAUCAUACCUGCUCACCUGGCGGCAGUGGCAGCAGCCGCCGCCAUCGGCAACACAUUCACACACCGCACAAACCACGCCACUACCCACGCCCCGACCCCCACUCUCUUCCAGACACAGACCCUCACCGCUGCACUGCUCCGCCCGGCCCCCGGGCCUGUCAGGACCUCCCACCCACAAGUCCUAUUUGCCCCUUACUGACCUGUUUGACCCGGGCGGGUCUGCGCCGCCUGUCAAGGACCAAACCAUGUGCUCCACCCUGACCAGGCCAAGGAGUUGUGACAGCAUCUGCGCUCCUUCUAUGCAUCCAGGAACACCUUCUCACCUCUCCUCAUAUGGAUUAUCCCACAUUUAAAGCUGAAGCAGACUGCAGCGCAGCACUGGGCGCUUUCUCAUACUGGAUUUAUUUCUCUAAUCCCACUGAAAACCCGGGCCACAGCAUAACUGCUUUCUGUACCAUCCUGCAGCCCAUGGCUCAUUCUCAGACCCCGGACCCGGACCUACAUUGUACCGCAAUAAUGUAUAAGACUAACCCCGUGAACUAUGCAGUGUCAUUAUUUCAUGAUGCAAGGCACAGUUUGAGCUAAAAUAUGGUAGGGAUAUGCUUUUUGUAAAGAUACAGCGCGGCACUAAGAUCAUUGCUUUAGCGGAGGAUUACUGUCGCUCAUAAUUUAAAAGGCUGUGACUGAUCAUAAGAGCGAGACAAGGCCCUCCUCUGUUCCUGUAUGCACUUUAAGCCCCUCCUCUGUUGAUGUCUACAUUAGAUGGCUAGGCUGUGUUAGAUUGUUAGAGUACGUGUCGUGACGUGUGUUUUUGUAUCUGUCCUCGCAUAUCUGUGUGUGUGCAAGUGUGUACUUCUGCAUGUGUGCUUGUCCAUGUGUGUAUGAGUGUGUGUGCAGUGUGUGUAGGUGUGUGUGUGUGUGUGUGUGUGUGUGUGUUUGUGUGUGAGAAAGAGAGAGCUUCCCAUCCACCAUAAGCCAUUCUAGUUGAUAUCCAGCACACAUUGUCACUGACCGUGUCUCGGGCCAGAGGGACCACAAAGGCUUGUGUAUAUUAACUGUCAGUGUGUAAAAGGUGAACAAUUUCAAAUAAAAAGAGUCCUAAUUUGUUA